GGCUCUGGGAAGGGAAGGGGCCGCCCGGGAUGCCGGUGGCGGGGGAAGGAAAGAGAAGCCUCGGAAAGCUUGGAGGCAAAAUUGCGCUCGGGUUCUGGUCCUUGCAUCCCUCCUGCCUUGGGGGCGGGAGAACACUUUUGUUUUGAGACUCAGUUUGGAGAGAAAAGCCUCCGACCCAGGGGAGGAGAGGCCUCUGCCGGAGGCAAGGACCGCAGCGACCUGCCGGGUGAGCCCCCCACCCAGGCGCGCUCGGUUUUGUGCCCUCUUCUCCCCCCGCGCCCCGCUCUCUUAUUGGUGCUGGUUUGCAGCGCUCGGCUCCUGCGCCUGUGGUUCGCGUUUGAAUCUGGCUCGCCCCUCCGUAUUAUGUCUGCACUCCGAAGGAAAUUUGGGGACGAUUACCAGGUAGUGACCACCUCGUCCAGCGGCUCGGGCUUGCAGCCCCAGGGGCCGGGUCAGGGCCCGCAGCAGCAGCUUGUGCCCAAGAAGAAGCGGCAGCGGUUCGUGGACAAGAACGGCCGGUGCAAUGUCCAGCACGGCAACCUGGGCAGCGAGACCAGCCGCUACCUCUCGGACCUCUUCACCACCCUGGUGGACCUCAAGUGGCGCUGGAACCUCUUCAUCUUCAUCCUCACCUACACGGUGGCCUGGCUCUUCAUGGCGUCCAUGUGGUGGGUGAUCGCCUACACCCGGGGCGACCUGAACAAAGCCCACGUCGGCAACUACACGCCCUGCGUGGCCAACGUCUAUAACUUCCCGUCGGCCUUCCUCUUCUUCAUCGAGACGGAGGCCACCAUCGGCUAUGGCUACCGCUACAUCACCGACAAGUGCCCCGAGGGCAUCAUCCUCUUCCUCUUCCAGUCCAUCCUGGGCUCCAUCGUGGACGCCUUCCUCAUCGGCUGCAUGUUCAUCAAGAUGUCCCAGCCCAAGAAGCGCGCCGAGACCCUCAUGUUCAGCGAGCACGCGGUGAUCUCCAUGAGGGAUGGAAAACUCACGCUCAUGUUCCGCGUGGGCAACCUGCGCAACAGCCACAUGGUCUCCGCGCAGAUCCGCUGUAAGCUGCUCAAAUCUCGGCAGACACCUGAGGGUGAGUUCCUUCCCCUUGACCAACUUGAACUGGAUGUAGGUUUUAGCACAGGGGCAGAUCAACUUUUUCUUGUUUCCCCCCUCACGAUUUGCCACGUGAUCGAUGCCAAAAGCCCCUUUUAUGACCUAUCCCAGCGAAGCAUGCAAAGUGAACAGUUCGAGAUUGUCGUCAUCCUAGAAGGCAUUGUGGAAACAACUGGGAUGACUUGUCAAGCUCGAACAUCGUACACUGAAGAUGAAGUUCUUUGGGGUCAUCGUUUUUUUCCUGUCAUUUCCUUAGAAGAAGGAUUCUUUAAAGUUGAUUACUCCCAGUUCCAUGCAACAUUUGAAGUCCCCACCCCACCUUAUAGUGUGAAAGAACAAGAGGAAAUGCUUCUUAUGUCAUCCCCUUUAAUAGCACCAGCCAUAGCUAACAGCAAAGAACGACAUAAUUCUGUGGACUGCCUAGAUGGGCUAGAUGACAUUAGUACCAAACUUCCAUCUAAGCUGCAGAAAAUUACUGGAAGAGAAGACUUUCCCAAAAAACUCUUAAGAAUGAGUUCUACAACGUCAGAAAAAGCCUACAGCUUGGGAGAUUUGCCCAUGAAACUUCAGCGAAUAAGUUCAGUUCCUGGCAACUCGGAAGAAAAACUGGGAUCUAAAACCACCAAGUUGCUGUCUGAUCCCAUGAGCCAGUCAGUGGCUGAUUUGCCACCAAAGCUUCAAAAGAUGGCUGGAGGACCAGCCAGGAUGGAAGGGAACCUUCCAGCCAAAUUAAGAAAAAUGAACUCUGAUCGAUUUACAUAACCAAACACCCUCUUCAGCAUUAUUUAUUGUUUGACUUAGUCCAAUAUUUGGUUGAUAAGGUACUCUUCUCUAAGGAAUCUGAAAGGUCCAUUUUCUCCCUAGUCAUAUUUGCAUAUCUGAGACCCCUUCCUUCCCAAGUAUUGCUACUGUUCAGAAAGCAGAAGUUGUGAAGGGAGGGCAUCACGAGGAAGUUCUUAUUAAUGGGCAUGUAUUAUCACCUCACGCAUGCAAUAACGUGCAAAUUUUGCGUUUAGUUUUAUGGCAUGGUUUAUAUAUGGUAUAUUUAUAUUGUAUAUUCUCAAAAAAUUAUAUAUAUAUAUAUGUAUAUAUAUAUAUAUUUAAAGGGGUGGUACUCUUCAUGACAUUUUUAAUAUAUGUAUUAAGCCAAACAAGAGUGGAUAGUUUUCAGGGCGAUAAAACUACAUACAUAUAUAUAUGUGUAUAUACAUAUACCUAUAUAUGUAUAUACACACACGUACAUAUAUAUAUAUCUGAUAAAAUUGUGAUGUUCUGUUCAAAACUAGUUCUUGUGCAUGUUUACUUUAUUAGUCUAGGAAGACUUCUGGCAUUAAUUACUAAUACCAAAUAUUUUAGCCUUAAAAUUUGUCAUUUUAGAAUCUGAUUUGAUGUUCUCUUCUGUUUAAGGUCCUGGAAGGUUUUCAAUUGUACUUUAUAGGAGGGAGUCAAUCACACAAAUCUAUGUUAUUUAUGGCCCUACAAAAAUAUAACCAUUCUAUAUUUAUCUUGUAAACCCUAGAGAUUACCAAUAUGCUAAAAAAUUCUUAUGAUUUUAAAAGUUGCCAGCACUGGGGAACAAAUAAACAUCGAUUAAUUUGAGAACUGGUCAUUUGCUGGAUGAGUUGAAGUCUGGAAAUCUGUUUUGUAUAUGACCUACUAUAAAUAUGAGCUAUGAACAAAUACUGAAUUACUGUAAUUGUCAGUAGCCAAGUUACACUGCAUAUAUGAGAAUCUGCAUGAAAUUACAUCAUCAGUGGUCCCUGUUUCAAACUGAGUCAAUUGGUAACAUUUUCACUCUUUUUCUGAACUUCUGUCAUUUUAAAAACCAAUAAUUCAUUCUUGAGGAGACACAACAAUACAAUGAAACAAAUGAUAAAUAUUUAUGCUUAAAACAUGUAUGUCUUAAUGAGCCUCUUUUGAAUGCUGCUCUUGUUUAUUAGUUGUAAUAGGCAUUAGUUGUAAUAGGAUAGACUUUUUCCUCACCCGGGGAAUGUAUCCCAUCCCAUGCCUCUCCCUCAGUUCAGUAGGAAUGUUUUCUAUAUCCCUGAGAGAAAACUAGAUGAAGGUAUUUUACCCAUGUGGGGUUUUUUUGUUUGCUUGUUUGGUAAAAACUGGUAUUUGGGGUGUCUUGGAUUCCUGGCCUACCAAAAUAAUUUUUGCAGUACUAUUUUUCUAACCCCCAGGUCUGAUAUUUAUUACUCUUUAGUGAGAAUCAAAACUAUUGUUCAGUAGAACACCUGCAAAAUAAAGAUUUGGAAUGCAGAGAUUUUUAUGAAAACUUACAAGUGCUCCUUAUCAAAAUAUCAUGGAUUUUCCUAUAAAAAUUACUUGGUCAUUGCUACCUAAGUCUGUUCAGGAUUAAUCUAUUUCUCCUUAUUAAUAAUAAAGUCUUGAUAACUAUUUCAGGCUCCCAUCAUUUCCCACUUUUUAGCAAUCCUGUGAUGAUUUUCAUAUUGGAAAAUUAUUACAUUAACGAUUCUCUCAUUAAAUACAAUAAUGUAUCUGGCUACCUCUGUAUCAACCAAAUUCUGUAGGUGCAAACACAUACUAGGGCAUUGUUACUGUCAAAAUGGUCAACCUGAGCAUCCGUCCACUGUGAGUAGAGCUGGUUGCCCCAACCCUAGGUCUCCAAGCUUUCUUAUUUGAGGGAUGUAGGAAUAGUAGCUGAAAUAGAAAUAUUAGCCUCAGAGAGAGAAGGGGUCUCAGUGGGGGAUGGGAUCUUUAUAAUCAAUGGAUCUUUGCAAUCAAACUGCAUAGACCAUUUCGUCCAACCACUCAAAGUAAAUAGAACCAUAAUUGAAUUUGGAGAUCCAUUUUAAUUUGUCUUUGGUAUCAAGGAUAACAAGGGACCAAAAACAAACUCUCCAAUUUAUUCAUUCAUUCCACAGAUUUUUGCAUGACUUUUAUGUCCUAGGUGCUUUUAGCUCCUGGGGACUUGGGCAUGAUUAAGUCAGAGGAGGUCACUGCCCAUCAUUGGGUAUCAGGAGAGUGGGGAGGGAACACUGUGGAGAGGGACCGAAAACAAACGAGAUGAUGUCAGAGAGUCAAAAUAUCCCUCAGGGUAAGGAAAACAAGGUGACAAAUCAGAAAAUGACCAGGUGGAACAAGAACUGAUUCCUUUAGAAGAGGUGACUGGCUCAGGGAGGGGAUGGUAUUUGAACAGAGACCUGAAUAAGGAGAAAGAACUACUGUUGUCAAAAUUAAUUUUUCUUAGUGAACCCUGUUCCUUUAUCUUUUCCACAUGUGUAUGGGAAAGGUAUGAUUUCUGCAUGUAAUUGCAGUUUAACCCCUAUUGGUCAUAGGUCCCAGUUUAUCUGGGAGAGGCCCAGUUCAUACCUGUUGUACCUGUGUAAUUAUUAACAGCACUCCCUUUCGCUCUUAGUAUGUCCCGAUUUGAAUGAUAUAUGGUGACUCUACUUUUUUGUUGAACAUAACUAAUUAUGAAGUCUGAUAUAUUUGGAUAAAAAUAAAGAAUUCCUUUUUCUUCUACUUCUGUUGACUUCUUUGACACUAAUCAUUCCAAGCAAAAUCAUCUCACUUUCAUGUUUCAGCCUGGAUGACUUCUUAUCAAAGUGAUUUAAUGUAACACUUGUUCCAUCUGUACAUGACAUGCUUUCUCAGCAAUGAAAAAUUAUGCAUUUUAUUGACUGAAUAAAAAAAACUGCUUGUAUUUCCAUUUCAGAAAGCUCGAGUCAAAGAAAGGAAAAGUCAACUUAAGCCAAGGUAAUUUUCAACUCACCAAUGUGGUGACUAUUGAAAAACAAAAUAUCAUGUGUUCAUAGAACUGAUUCAUUUUACUGCACAACUGGAAACCAGUCCCUUUUUAUGUGAUUUUCACUGUAUAAGUCUUUUCCUGGUAAACUAUUUCAUUUUAUUUAUCAAAAUGAUGUAAAUAAAAGAAAUACAAUUA